AAAUACGCACUCUCUCAUUUUCAUCUUCACCGAAAAGCGCACAGGAUGUCGCACCCAAUGCCAAGUGUACCUGUGCAUCGGCCUCUUUACAACUGGGACCCGCUGAUGUACGUGCGCGAGGAACCAACGCCUUCUUGCCUGCUCCGGCUAAGGAAGGAGUUCGCGAACUUCGCGGCCCAGCCACCCACGGGUCUGUACAUCUCGCCCGAAGAAGAGGACAUGACCAGGGUUCACGCGCUCAUUGUGGGUCCCCCGGACACGCCGUACGAGGGAGGCUUCUUCCAGUUCUUCCUGAAGUUCCCGCCUGACUACCCGAUCAGCCCGCCACGCGUUCGCAUAGUGACGACAGACGCUGGCCGAGUACGCUUCAACCCCAACCUCUACGCCAACGGCAAGGUGUGCCUGAGCAUCCUUGGUACGUGGGAUGGACCGGCGUGGAGCCCGGCUCAGGGCAUCGAGAGUGUGCUCGUCUCGAUACAGUCGCUCAUGAACGAGCAACCGUACAAGAACGAACCUGGGCUGCAGCAAGAGCGGUCGUCGGUCGUCAAGCGCUACAGCGACGUCAUCCAGCAUGAGACCAUCAGGGUCGCUGUGUGCGGUCAGGUCGAAGCUUCUCUCAAGGACAGCGCCGAUUGUCCGUCGGCCUUCAGGGAGCAAAUCCUGAAGAAAUUCGUCGACGCGUACGACAAGUACGAAGACAUAGUCAAGACUCGCCUUGGCUGCACGGGUCCGAUGUCCAAGUACCCGGUUAGAAAGAGCCGCAAGUAUCAGUACAAGCAGCUGCUGUCGAGGCUGCGAGGACUCUUAGAUGAGGCGAGACAGAGGGUCAACGCCAACUCUACCAGCACUGCAACAGGAGCCACGUCUACAGAUUAACCAGGACAAUAGACCGUGUAGCACGACUUUUAGCAUGAGAAGGUGACCAUAUCGUCUAGUUUGAGCUUAUUGACCUCAUUCAAAAAUGCUGAGGAUAAAAUUUUAACAUUCGCUGAACGGCGACAGAACAAACGGGACCCGAUGUCAUGUACGGUCCAAUAAAGCGUCAUUGGUGGCUUUUAUUUUUGUUUUCGCUUCUU